AUGGUUAUAUAUUGUUUUUACUUUCCUCAGCCGUUGGAGCUGGUUGUUGAUUCAAUUAAUAUUGAAGUUGUUCAAGAGAAGAACACCGGCUACCUUAAUUGUACAAUGGUUCUCGACGAAUCGCAAAUGAACCAAGCAAGCUGGUACUAUGGGGAAAAACAGAUCAGUAUUGGAAGCAAACUUUUGGAGCCGGUACGCAUAGGUCUCUAUGGUAUGGAAAAGUACCAAGCAAGAUUUUUUCCUGGGAGACCUGAUUUUGCACCAAAUAUGCCAGGCAUGGACAUUGACCGUCUUCAGACUUAUCAGCUCGAAGUUCGCUUUGCCGACAUUACUGACAAUGGGAUGUAUCGUUGUGUCCUGGAAAUCAAAUCCUUGCCGCGACGUUUGUGGCCAGAGGCUUACGGACGACUUGUGGUGACUCAGGCACCAAUCAUACUUCCAGGACUUGCAUCAAAGAUAGUUGAUGAAGGAGACUCCCUGACCUGGGUAUGCCAAGCUCAAGGGUCAGCGCAACCCCGUGUCAGUUGGACAAGAGCCAACGGACGGCCACUUAAUCUCCCCGGUUCCCCUCAGAGAAUAUACAACGAAACGCUCCACAUACCUCGGGUGAAUCGCUUUGACCGAGGCAUCUAUCGGUGCCAUGCCGCCAAUAACGUCUAUGGUUCCACUGAGUACGAUGUGAUGCUCGAGGUCAACUACAAACCACAAAUUCGUCUGGCGCGUUAUAAGGGAGCCUAUGGCCAGAAAAGUGACAGCAAUUAUGACGUCAUAAUGGAGUGCAUUGUAAACGGCUACCCGGAUCCGGACUUGCUUUGGUUCAAGGGUGUCUACGAUCCCAAGCUAAACAACAUUCCCCUUUACGACAGCGCCAAGUAUGAGUUGGAGAAAACUCGCAGCUAUGGGGCCGUGGGGACGAAUGUGACAGAUGUGAUUUCGCUUCUGAAAGUGAAAAACAUAAGAGAAAGUGACUACGGAAACUACACUUGCAUGGCUGCAAAUCGGUAUGGCAUGGAUAUGACGGUGACAUACAUCUUCUGUAAGUCCUUUACGCUGCUUUUCUGUUGCUAUAAAUUUGACUGA